AUGCCCUCUGAUAAUACGCGACUCCCACGGCAUCUGUUUCGUAAAAACGCCAAACUUAACAAACGUAAACAGAGAAGAAUUGCAGAAGCAACAGAGAGAAAUCAGAAUACAGCAUGCGUAGAAGAAACUCCCGAAGAACAUUCACUUUAUUUACAACAACAACGACAAUGGGAAGAAAGAGAACGACGGGAGAAUCGUAUUCAAAUGGCACGGCAAAAAGCACAGGAAUUAGAACAAAAAGCCAAAGCAAAUGCGGAACAAAAAUGGAAAGAUGCUCUUUUACGGAUACCGCUUUUACCACCUGCCUUUCCUUCUACCACAGUCCCAUCGACAGCAGAAAGCAAGUUGAAUAUGGGUCAUGUACCACAGUUUAUCUCAAGCAAAGACGAAAAUCCACCUAAGCGAAGACGUUACAAAGAUAUCCAGCGAGAACGAAAUGCUGCUGCUGCUGCUGCUAAUAAGAAUAAUAAUACCACCGCUACAAAUACUACUAGUACUAGUACUAUUACUGCUACUGCUUCUGCUACUGCUACUGCGACUACGACUACGACUUUGACGAUUCCAACAGAAACAACGAAUUCAACAAUGAUAACAAUUGAAGAAUCAAAAGAAGCUGCGCCUGUGGCUCUUCCUAGAACAUUAAUUAUUGACGAUGAUGAUGAUUCGCUUGAAUUUCAAGGCAACACAAGGCACUGGCCAUAA